AGAGCGUGCCGUGCGCGUGCGUGCACCGGUGUGCCAUGCGAACCGCGUGAACUGCACCAUGCUCGUGCCCCCGGAGAUGAUGGCGGCCCAGUCCAAGCUCGUCUACCAGAUGAACAAAUACUACAACGAGCGCGUCGCCAACCGCAAGGCGCAAAUUGCGAAAACAAUUCAUGAAGUCUGCCGCAUCGUGCAGGAUGUCCUCAAAGAGGUCGAGCUGCAGGAGCCGAGGUUCAUAUCCUCUCUCACGGACUACAACGGCCGGUUCGACGGCUUGGAAGUCGUGUCGCCCCAUGAAUUCGAAAUCAUCAUUUAUCUGAAUCAAAUGGGAGUUCUGAACUUCGUCGACGACGGCUCGCUGCCGGGCUGCGCCGUGCUCAAGCUGAGCGACGGCAGGAAGCGCUCCAUGUCCCUGUGGGUCGAAUUCAUCACGGCCUCUGGAUAUUUAUCGGCGAGGAAGAUUCGAUCGCGGUUUCAAACGUUAGUGGCGCAAGCUUGUGACAAGUGCUCCUACCGUGAUUGCGUUAAAAUGAUCGCCGAAACGACAGAAGUGAAACUAAGAAUCCGCGAAAGGUACAUAGUGCAAAUAACACCGGCAUUCAAAUGCGCCGGCCUGUGGCCCAGGUCGGCCGCACACUGGCCUCUACCGACGAUACCGUGGCCGCACCCCAAUAUAGUCGCCGAAGUGAAAACAGAAGGAUUCGAUCUUCUGUCAAAAGAAUGCCUCACGUUGCAAGGGAAAAAUUCUGCAAUGGAAGGAGACGCGUGGGUGUUGAGUUUUUUUGAAGCCGAAAACAGAUUACUUCAAGGAGGUUGUCGAAGAAAGUGUUUAAGUAUACUUAAAACGAUCAGAGAUAGGCACUUGGACUUGCCCGGCAACCCGGUGACGUGCUACCACAUGAAAACGCUCCUGCUGUACGAGUGCGAGAAGCACCCCCGCGAGCACGAGUGGGACGAGGCGGCCAUCGGAGACCGGAUCAACGGGAUCUUCCUGCAGCUGAUCUCGUCGCUGCAGUGCCGGCGCUGCCCGCACUACUUCCUGCCGCACGUGGACCUGUUCAAGGGCAAGUCGCCGACUGCCAUGGAGAACGCUGCCAAGCAGGUGUGGCGGCUGACGAGGGAGAUGCUCACCAACUCGCGAGCCUUCGAGAAACUUUGAGCGCUUGUAGUUUAGUAUCGCGGUGUGAGUGGAAUAGUGCGUAGCUGAAUAGCUCGAGUCAUUUUAUUUAAGCUAGGGAUGUGCUACGGUAGGCCCCGUGCCCGUGCGAUGUGUGGGCAUCUCCGGUUGCGUGGAGGAGACUGUAAGUAGUGACUCUACUGAUACUUUACGAGUUCUCGAAUAUUAUUUGUGAUAUAAUGUAAAUAGCUUACUUGUUGUACAAUUUUAGUGAUAUUUAAUUUAAAAUUAAAUAAAAUCGUGUAUUUAUUUGACUGAAAUCUUUUAAGUAGGUUUUAAAUGGAUAUUAUAAUAAAUCUUUAAAAAA